GGCGCGCUCAGGAAAGCCCCGCGCGGCGCGGGGAGGACGGGCGAUCCGGGGGUCCCCCACUUCCAGCUCGGGCGCCGGCGCGGCGAAUGGACCCGGGGCGCGCAGCCCCCCUUCAAGCCGGUUUGUGGUCAAGAGAGGGAAGAGGAGAGGAGAGCAGGAGGCCCUGCACCCCAUCGGGCUCAGGAAGAGCUGCCAGGUCACUUCCCGACUGCUGCUGGCUUCUGACAUUUCAAGACUUGCCACUCACGUCCUCCCAAAUAAAGACAGGUAUCUUAGGAUCUCCCAAUGGGGCGGCUUUGCUCUGGGCUCACAUUCCCCGUGAGCUGCCUGAUCCUGGUGUGGGUAGGAGGCUCUGGGAGUGUUAAGGUCCUGCAGGAGCCCAGCUGCUUCUCCGACUACAUCAGCAUCUCCGUCUGUCAGUGGGAGAUGGACGGUUCCACCAACUGCAGUGCCGAGCUCCGCCUGUCCUACCAGCUGAACUUUAUAGAGUCUGAGAACCGCACUUGUAUCCCCGAGAACCGAGAAGGUGCAGUGUGCGUCUGCUACAUGCCCAUAGAUGACGUGGUCCAGGCCGACGUCUAUCAGCUGGACCUGUGGGCUGGGAAGCACCAGCUGUGGGGCGGCUCCUUCCAGCCCAGCAAACAUGUGAAGCCCAGGGCCCCCGGGAACCUCACGGUUGACCCCAACGUCUCCCACAUGUGGCUGCUGAUGUGGACAAACCCAUACCCUACCGAUAAUCACCUGUACUCCGAGCUCACCUACAUGGUCCACAUUUCCAAUGAAAACGACCCCACGGACUUCAAAGUCUAUAAUGUGACCUACAUGGAGCCUACCCUCCGGGUGGCAGCCAGCACCCUGAAGUCUGGCGCUUCCUACAGCGCCCGAGUGAGGGCCUGGGCCCAGAACUACAACAGCACGUGGAGCGAGUGGAGCCCCAGCACCACGUGGGUUAGCCACUAUGAGCCCUGGGAGCAGCACCUGCCACUGGGCGUCAGCAUCUCCUGCCUUGUCAUCCUGGCCGUCUGUCUGUCCUGCUACAUCAGCAUCAUCAAGGUUAAGAAAGGAUGGUGGGACCAGAUUCCCAACCCAGCCCACAGCCCCCUAGUGGCCAUAGUCAUCCAGGACUCACAGGUGUCACUGUGGGGGAAGCGGUCCCGAGGCCAGGAACCAGCUAAGUGCCCACACUGGAAGUCCUGUCUUACCAAGCUCCUUCCCUGUUUGCUGGAGCACAGCAUGGACAGGGAUGAGGAGUGCUCCAAGACUGCCAGAAAUGCGCCUUUCCAGGCUCCUGGAAAAUCAGCAUGGUGCCCCGUGGAGGUCAGCAAGACGAUCCUCUGGCCAGAGAGCAUCAGCGUGGUGCAGUGUGUGGAGCUCUUUGAGGCCCCGGUGGAGAAUGUGGAGGACGAGGAGGUGGAGGAAGAUAAAAGAAGCUUCUGCCCAUCGCUCCAGGACAGCGGGGGCGGCUUCCAGGAGGGCAGGGAGGACAUCGCGGCCCGGCUGACAGAAAGCCUCUUCCUGGACCUUCUUGGUGGGGAGACUGGGGGCUUUUGCCCGCAGGGCUUGGAGGAAUCCUGCCUUCCUCCUCCUUCAGGACCUGAGUGUGCUCAGAGGCCCUGGGCUGAGUUCCCGGGGACAGGGCCCCAGGAGGCAUCACCGCGGGGCUGGGAGCAGCCUCUGCACCCCGAGUCCGCUCCUUGGGCCCCUCUGACCCAGAGGCCGGCCAGCCCGGCUUUCCCAGAGAUGCCCCCCGUCGUCACAGACAACCCCGCGUACCGCAGCUUCGGCAGCCUCCUGAGCCAGUCCGCAGCUCCCGGGGAGGGGGACUCUGACCCAGAGCAGACUGAACGCCCCGGGGAGGUGGACCCCAGCGUCCCCUCCAUCCCCCAGCCCGAGCCAGAGAGCUGGGAGCAGAUUCUGCGCCAGAGUGUCCAACAGCACCGGGCGGCCCCGGCCCCCGGCCCCGGCAGCGGCUACCGGGACUUCGCAUGCGCUGUGAGGCAGGCCGGUGUCCCCGAUGCCGGCGGGGUGGCAGGCUUCGGCCCUUCUGGGGACGCGGGCUACAAGGCCUUCUCCAGCCUGCUCCCGGGGACAUCUGGGGGCGAGGCCAGCCCUGGGGACGCGAGCUACAAACCCUUUCAGAACCUCCCUCCGGGCGGCUCGGGGGCCCCCUUCCCCGUCCCCCUGUUCACCUUUGGACUGGAUGUGGAGCCACCACGCGGCCCUGGGGACCCGCCUCUCACAGACAGCGCCCCAGAGCAUCCGUGUGCAGAGCCAGCAGGGAAGGCAGGGGACAGGCACAAGACCCUGCUGGCCCCAGAGCCAGCCACAGACGCCCUCAGGGACGACCUGGCCGGCAGCAUCGUCUACUCGGCCCUUACCUGCCACCUGUGUGGCCACCUGAAACAGUGGCAUGACCAGGAGGAGCGUGGCAAGGCCCAUGUGGUGCCCAGCCCCUGCUGUGGCUGCUGCUGUGGUGACAGGUCCUCGCCGCUGGGGAGCCCCCUGAGGGCCCCAGACGCCCUGCCAGCGGGAGCUUCCCCGGAGGCCAGCCUCUCUCCAGCCUCCCUGGCACCCCUGGGCUCAGGGGAGGACAAGUCCUCCCCGUCCUUCCAGCUGGCCCCCGGCCAUGUGCAGAGCCCAGGCCAGGCCCCCGGAACGGUGACCGUGCUGUCCACAGAGCCCACGUGCACGAGCGCCUCGUAGGGGUGUCCCCUCGUCGCUGCCGUCUGCAGGGGAGGACUGUGCCUGCCACAGCUGGAAGCCAGCCCUGGAAGGUGGCUGGCCUGGCAGAGGGAUGAGAGACUUGGAUGACCCCAGUAUGAAGUGGGGAGGUGGUCCGACGCAGGGAAACAAAGACCAGACCGCGCGCCCCAAAUCUCCCAGCCUUGGCCUGGGCUCAGCACAUCCCAUGGGAGUGGAUGGCGUGCGGAGCGGGCAGAGGCAGCUUCAGAGAUCGGGAAUUCCUUGGGAACCUCGGCGUGUGCACCAGCCGUUGGCCUCUUCAUGGGUCCCCAGCUUGUCCAGGGUGCUGUUCCUGCCGUGCCCCCCCGCCCGCUGCAAGGCUUGCGUUGUGCACCUCCUCACCCUGGAACUCAAGUCUUGUCCGGUUCUGGGAUUCGCUGCUGCCGUCCCGUGCAUUGGACGCCGAGCCCAGAAACUAAUCAAGCCAGCCAAGGGGGAAGGACUUGGAGGCCUUGGGAAAUGGAUGGGUAUUGAAGUCGGGGACAGGUCCUCAUUUGCCCAGGGGUGCCCAUUCACCGAACAGAUCUCCUUUGGGUUGACACUGGAGGCAGGAUCUGGGUUGGGGGGGGAUGGGGCCCUUCAUUAGGAGUGGGCGACAGACACAAAGGGACACAGAAGAUUGUGGUCACCAAGCCACCAAGUUGCCGUCAGGUUCCCACAUGACCGUUAAGACUGGGGGGUGCUCCGGUGAAGCAUGGGAUCCCCAGAAUAAACACAGCCAGCCACUUUGGGGCCGCUCUGUGCCUGCAGCCACGGGAGGCCAAACGGAGGGCGUGGCCCCCCCUCCACUGACCCAGCCUCGCUGUGCGGUCCAGACUUCCACACCAGGCACACUUAGCCUGCCCAUUGACCUGCCCCCUGGGUUGAGUAAUGCUUGUUUGCAUCUCAAAGAUUAUUUUAUCACCUGGUUUGUCUCAGCGGGGGAGGGUGGAACAGGAGGCCGUAGGGUUUUGUAUAAAUAAAGACUCUUUAUCUCCUUCUCCGCCCUCCUCCCCCAUUUAUUAAACAAACGUACUGCUAGA